GGCCCGCACGUCCAAUAAGAAGAGCCCCCGCUUGACACCUGCCUAUAUACAGGCGAGCGCAUCCCCGGCCCCGCAACGCGCGCACAGCCCGCACCGCCCCACGCCGCGGGCGAGCGACACCUCGGCCCGCCACCAUGACUUCCAGUAAGAUCGAGAUGCCCGGCGAGGUGAAAGCCGACCCCGCCGCGCUCAUGGCGUCCCUGCACCUCCUGCCGUCGCCCACGCCCAACCUCGAAAUCAAGUACACCAAGAUCUUUAUAAACAAUGAGUGGCAGAACUCCGAGAGUGGGAGAGUCUUUCCUGUCUAUAAUCCAGCCACAGGAGAACAGGUGUGUGAAGUUCAAGAAGCAGACAAGGCAGAUAUAGACAAAGCAGUACAAGCAGCCCGCCUGGCUUUCUCUCUUGGUUCAGUGUGGAGAAGGAUGGAUGCUUCAGAAAGAGGACGUCUAUUGGAUAAGCUUGCGGACUUGGUGGAACGCGACAGGGCAGUUCUUGCAACUAUGGAAUCCCUAAAUGGAGGCAAACCAUUCCUGCAAGCUUUCUACGUGGAUUUGCAGGGUGUCAUCAAAACCCUUCGAUAUUACGCAGGGUGGGCUGAUAAAAUUCACGGGAUGACCAUUCCUGUAGAUGGAGACUACUUUACCUUUACAAGACAUGAACCCAUUGGAGUGUGUGGACAGAUCAUCCCAUGGAACUUCCCCCUGCUGAUGUUUGCCUGGAAAAUUGCUCCAGCCCUGUGCUGCGGCAAUACAGUAGUCAUUAAGCCGGCAGAGCAGACACCACUCAGUGCACUGUACAUGGGAGCUCUUAUCAAAGAGGCUGGCUUUCCACCUGGAGUCAUCAAUAUUUUGCCAGGAUACGGGCCAACAGCUGGGGCAGCAAUAGCUUCUCACAUUGGCAUAGACAAGAUUGCGUUCACAGGAUCUACUGAGGUUGGAAAGCUUAUUCAAGAAGCAGCAGGAAGAAGUAAUUUGAAGAGAGUAACUCUGGAACUUGGAGGGAAAAGUCCUAAUAUUAUUUUUGCAGAUGCUGAUUUGGACUAUGCCGUGGAGCAGGCGCACCAGGGUGUGUUCUUCAACCAAGGCCAGUGCUGCACUGCAGGAUCUCGCAUCUUUGUGGAGGAGUCCAUCUACGAGGAAUUUGUGAGAAGAAGCGUGGAGCGGGCCAAGAGGCGCAUAGUGGGAAGUCCCUUUGACCCCACCACUGAGCAGGGUCCUCAGAUCGAUAAGAAACAAUACAACAAGAUCCUGGAACUCAUCCAGAGUGGUGUGGCCGAGGGUGCCAAGCUGGAAUGUGGAGGCAAAGGACUGGGCCGAAAGGGGUUUUUCAUUGAACCUACGGUGUUUUCCAAUGUCACUGAUGACAUGCGGAUUGCGAAGGAAGAGAUCUUUGGUCCUGUUCAGGAAAUUCUGAGGUUUAAGACUAUGGAUGAAGUUAUUGAAAGAGCCAAUAACUCAGACUUUGGACUCGUAGCAGCUGUUUUUACUAAUGACAUCAACAAGGCCCUCACAGUGUCUUCUGCAAUGCAAGCUGGGACUGUCUGGAUCAAUUGUUACAAUGCCUUAAAUGCCCAGAGCCCCUUUGGGGGAUUCAAGAUGUCUGGAAAUGGGAGAGAAAUGGGAGAAUUCGGCUUGCGAGAAUACUCAGAAGUUAAGACUGUGACUGUAAAGAUCCCUCAGAAGAACUCCUAAGAAGGCCAUGGAAGAAGGUGAAGGCAGCCUGCACCACUCUCCCUCUCUGCUUUUUCUGUAGGACCCAGCUCUCAGGAAUACAAAGUUGAGCCGCAGUCCUGAUUUAAAGAUGGAAAUGAUAACGUGCAGGCCAGGCAGAUACCGCACAACUAGAGCCAACCAGCUGGGCAUGGUUUCUUGGCACUCUGUAAGGGGUCACCCAAUGACACUAAACAUGGAGGAAAGUGGGGUAAAGGCCAGAUACAAAUGCCAGGAGCUCUGGGGCACAGCAAGUAUCUCCAUCUGGAACAAGGGAUGGGAUAAGGGAGCUCUGUUGUUUGAUGUCUUUUGCCGCAAAGAACCUUCAUCUUGGGAAAAGGCGGUCUUGCCACUGUCUUCAUUUUAUUCCCUCUGGGCUCUCCUCCCUCACGCACCCUCCCUGUCCUCCAGCGAAUUCUCAGCUGAGCUCAUUUUGGGGCACAUGUUUGGGCCGGGAACAAUUUUCCGAAGUUUUGCAGCCAAAUUACCAUUUCAUGUUACCCAUUUCUUCAAAGCAAAACAUGAAGUGGUUUUAGUUAGAGUCAGACUAGACUGCAGAUGCCAGGAGCUGGUGUACUACAAUUGUUCGAAGAAGUUAAAACUUGGUGUGUUCCUUCCCCAGUGUGGUUUUCUUAUGCCUCUACAUAGCAUGAGUGCAAGGAGACCAGGAUAAGGGAGAUCAGAAGUCACCAUCUGAGGUUCGCAGCGUCUGAGCCUGGGGUGUGUGUGUCUGUGUGUGUCCGCGCACUACUUUUUUCUUGGUUAUUCUGGCAUAAUCAGGGGGUGAGUUGUUUUUCAUAGAUGGAUAAGAUCUUUUCCAAAGCUUAUCUUAAAGCCAACCAAAAAGGCCAUCCAAGUAGGCUUGAGAAUUUGGGAAUGCUGGAUGACUUGCAGAAAUAAUUCAAUUUGCAAUUCUGGCUGACAGUUCUUUCCAAGUGAGUUAUUUCUGUAAUUGGAAUCUGUGGCACCUACUACAUCCCAGCCCCCAGUGCACCAGCCUCUGCUCCUCCCAGCACUGCAGGUGUUACUUUGACUAUCAUGCCUAAUAAAGUGCCCUCAGUCCAUUGGCAGUGACCUUGGAAAAUCUGGGCAAGCCAGGGGCUUUCCUUUUCCUCUUGCAGAGUUCCAGGAUGCCACGUUCCUUCUCUGUCAGUCCCCACAACAUUCUUGCCUCUCAGUGAGCGAGCGCUGGCCUGCAGAGGGGGAGACAUGAAACAGGCCUGUCUCUCUUUCCUCCUAACCUCUCACUCCUCUGCUUUCCAGUGAAUCCACCAAUCUGAUGUGGGUGAUGUUAGCUUCUUUUCCUCCUUCCCUCUCCAGUUGCCAAGCCCAAUCCAGUCUCUAGCCUAGCUGAAGAUCAUUUAUUUAAAAGUACCAAACAUAACCAAGAGUAUGUGGAAUAUGGGAUAUAUAUAUAUAUAUAUAUAUAUAUAGCCUUCUGCAUUGAACAGUUCAGCUUUCUAACCUCACCAGUUUUCUAUUUAUAACCCUCUGUUGAUGAUGUUCUCAAGAAAUAUCUACUUCUUGUUACUUACAAAUGACAAUGCAUUCAGCAGCCCAGUGCCGUGACAGAUGCCCCAUUUUGGAGUUCUUCACAUGAAUGUCAGUUCUCCCGUAGUGUGCCCAAGUGAACAUACCCAUUAACCAACUAGUUAUCUUUGAACUGCAAUAUAGAAUGUGAAAAUGAAGAUUUAUUUCUUUUAAUUUACUUAAGAAAGAAACCUCUGUGCUAGCAAUAAAGCAUUUAUAUUGUGUACU